AACGUGGCGGGAAAAUGUAGUAUGAUCGUUCGUGUUUUUCGUUGUUCGAUUUAAAACUAAUUUUCGUGUGUCUGGAGAAGGUGGUCGUUGUGACGUGACGAACGAUUACGACGUGUUUUCUUACAUCACGAUGUUUUGUGCUUAACGAAACAUCACCCUCAGUGUAAAUAUUAGCACCUAAGGAGACAGAUUAAAUACUAUUUCUACGAUAUACAAAAUAAUGUAAACUAAAAAUCAAACUCCAGACAAAUCUGUCCGGCAGAUAAACAAAAUCGAAGGUAUUGAAAAAUUUAAUGUUAUUUCGCGUAGUCGCCUACAUGCAAAGAUGCUUGAUAGAUUGUAAACCAAUAGAAAAAUCGAAAUACAAAUUUUUACGUAUAAAUCAGUAUCAUCUAAUGGUAUUUUAGAUGGUUUUUUUUUGAGUUAGAAACAUAAUUAUGUUUCUGAAUAAUCGAAUCAAAAAUAACGAUCACUGGAAAGGACAUGAUCAUCUUUUUAUGGAUGCUAUUUUUCAGUUACUUAUGGGAUACCAACUACGGAUAUGUAGAAAUAGUUGAAACUCAAGGUUGCGACACCUGCAAGUUGAUGCUGACGUGUCGCCAUCUGACAGACGUGAUCGCUAUUCUGAAAGUCGAUUUCGUCGGGAUUCAAUCAAAUGGUAUUUUCGAAGUUUCCUCGAGAAACAAUACAUUCGUUAGUGUUAUUAACCCGCCUACUUUCCCUCCAGUCCAUCCCAGGGACGUACUUAAUGCAAGAUGUUCAGGUUUAAAUCAUUGCAGUUUUAUUUUUUCCGAAGACUGUCCAGGUUCGGAAAUAUUUGGUAGAGGAAAUAUAACGAUCGAAUAUGCUUGUAUCACGCAAGACAGAAUUCAUAAUUAUUGCAACGAUAUCAUCCAGCUCUCGGAUUUGUAUGCAAAAGGACUUUCGGAUGGAUACAUUCAUAAUCCCGGUUAUCCUAGAUUCUAUUCGGGACCGGAAUGUAAAUGGAAAAUCGUGGGGCAGGAUAAACAACGUAUUAAAAUAACUAUUCUCGAUAUAGCUUUAAUAGUUGAUCGGCCUAACUGUGCGGAUGUUCUAGAAAUAAAAGAUACAGAACAAGUUAUAUAUUCGACGUGUCGACAGGAACAUCCCCCUUCUGAAAUAAUUUCAGGAACCGAGUCGAUUGAAAUAGUACUGAAAUCUACACAAACGUUUAACCCUCGUAGAGGUGUUUUUAUACAUUAUACUGCUAUUGGAUGUCCCGAUAUUGAAAUUCCCCAAGACGCCUACUUAAUUUAUAGAAAUAUUAAUUUAAUGGUAUUUAGUUGCUGUUUAGGAUACACUUUUCCGGAUACGCGUACUAGAAUCAAAACCGUCGGUUGCCAGGGGGCGUUAUGGAACACUACACUGCCACUUUCGCAUUGUCAAAAAUCAACUACUCCAUAUUGGAAGGAAUCAAAAGAAAUAAUAAGAAUAUUUCCUAGUAAAGAGGAAGACAAUAUGGCUUCAGAACUAGUUUUACCAGCCACUUUAGUCGUAUGUCUAUUUGCUAUAAAUGCUGUAGUCAUAUUUUUCAUAUACAGGGCGAAAAAAAGGCAGGAAGUGACGGACGUAAAAGAAGAAGAAUUGAAUUCUUUCACACAUUCUUCACCUGUUGUAUAAGAAUUGCCUUAAUUUAUUUGUAUAAAAAAAUAUUUUUUCUUAUUAUAUGUCGGAAUAUAUAUUGUUAUUUCACAUUUUGACUUGAAAUAUAAAAAAAAAACAGUAGAUUUGUUUGUUAUUUAAUCAUUAAAUAAAUCUAUGUUCAAUUAAGUCGUAA